AGCCGCGGGGCGGCCAUGACCGAAACUUGUGUGCCUGCCGCCGUGUGAUGUGCGGAGUGGCGGGAGUCUGCGGCUUGUAGGAGAUGGAGGAGGCGCGAACGCGCAAGUUGGAGGCUGGCAGAGCCAAGUUUGCUCACUUCAGAGAACGCAAAGCAAAAAGCAAUGUCACGCAGUCGCAGAAAAAGACGCCGAAGAGGAAGGGCUCGUCUGUCCACACGCAUGACGUUCCACAGGAAGAGCACACAGUAAUGGCCCCAGGCUGUGAUGUCGGUAAGGGUAUAAAGAGUAAGGCCGAAGACACCAACUUCCUAGAGACAACAACAGAGACAGAGGGGAGUGCUGAUUUGUCCAUCCAGGAUACAGUGAUCCAUCCAGCAGCUGAAAAAGUUGCAGUACAUUCUGCUGUAGAAUGUAGUGAGCUUGAUGAUAAGAUGUGUCAAACUAGAAUAGGUGAGUUAGAGAAAAGACUUCUGGAGAAACAGCAAGCAGUUGAAAGACUCACUGUGCAGAUGGAUGAACUACAGGAACAACUUAGCCAGCAUAGAGACUCUAUGCAGCUUCAGGAAACAACUGUUCAAGAGCAGAAUGAAGUUAUAAGGAAACUAACAAGCUGCCUUCAACAAACAAGAAAGGAUUGGGAUGACUUGCAGGAAGAGGCUUCGCAUGUAGCUGAUCAGAUCCAUGGCUUACAACUUCAGUUACAUCAGGUUAAUGUGAUGCUGAAGAAUAAAGGCUCUGGGAAGAAAGAGGUAUUAGAAGCCCAGCAGCAAAUGUCCUUGUUUCAGAACAGUCUCCAAGAACAAAAUGCACGUUUGGAGAUGCUGCAUCAGAAAGCUCAUGACCUGGAGGUACAGCUUGAAUCUUCUCAAAAGGUACAUGAACGAGAGCAUGACCGUGAAAUUUCUGAACUUAUUACUAAACAUAAAGAGGAAAUGGAGGAGCUCCGUGCUGAACUUAAUAAAGAAAAGCUACAGUUGUUGGAUGAACUUCAGCAGCAAAUGGCAGCCACACACAAAGCAGAGAUUGAGCAUGCCCAGCUCCAAUCACAGACACUUCACAGUCUUGAAUUGGAAGCAUUACGUCUAAGCUUAAAUAACUUGCACACCUCUCAGCUUGAGCUUACUCAGUCUAACUUGAGGAAAGAAAAGGAAACUGCACUUGUGGAGCUACGGGAGAUGCUCAAUGAUAAGCGUGCUCAGGAGAUAGCACUUCUACAAAGCCGCCAUCAGCUGGAGGGGGAGAAAAUUAAAGAACGUUGUUUGAAGGAAAAAGAAGACCUAACAUCAAAGUAUCAGCAAGAAUUAGUUGAUCAAAGAAAGAAAAUAGAGUUGGAAAUGGAAGAGAAACAUAUCCAGAUAUUAGAGACUCUUAAAAGAGACUGGGAGUUGGAGUCUGAAACACGUUUAAAAUACAUGUGUGAGGAGCUGUCUGAAAAACAUCACGCUGAAAUAGCAGAGCUGCAGAAAACUCUGAAAAUGGAAUUAGAAAAAGUCAAAGCAGAGCUGGGACUUCUUUCUCUUGAGAAGGAACAAUCUGAAAAGAAAUGUGUAGAUUUGGAGAAACAGCACCAGUUAGCAAUCACAAUGUUAACUAAACAACUGCAAGCUGAACAUAACCAACUCCUAGAAGAUAUGAAGAUAGAAAGCCAAGAAAAAGAACAGAAUCUACAGGAGGAGCUGGAAAAGCUUCAGAUCGUGUGUGAAGAAUUCAAGACUCGAUCACAAGAAGAAGUCAAGCAGCUUCGGUCUCAACUUGGCAGUACCCGAGCAAAUUGGCAGGAGUUAAGUGGUGGUGAGUCAGGCUGGUUGAGGAUGAAAGCUCGUGUUCCAGAGCUGAAAGAGCAGCUCAUGGCUCGUGCAUCACAGGUGGAAGAAAUAGAGCAUUUAAAGCAAAAAUUUGAAGAGCAGCAUCAGCAAACAAAAAGUGAGCAUGAGGCUGAAUUAGAACAACUGAGAAUCUACUUUGAAAGAAAGUUAAGAGUCGCUGAGGAAAACUACAGAGAAGAAUUGACUUUGCUGCAUCAGAGACUGCAAGAACUGAAAGAAUAUUCAGUAUCUGAGGUUGAUGUGAGCCAUAACCAAGCAGGGAAUAUCAGUUCUUCUGUCACAGUUUUUGGAGAGGCUGUUGAGAAAGAGAGAAAAGACUUUUUCCUUGAUCAACUGAAUCAACAACUGGAGCAACAUAAGGAAGAAAUUGCCUGUUUGCAAGGACAACUUAAAGAAGAUCACAGACACGAACUAGAUUCCUUAAAGUCUUCCCUUGCACUUCAAUAUAAAGGGGACCUACUGAAAAUGAAGAUGGACCUCUCGGACAAGUAUAUAGUAGAAAUAGAGGAAAUGAAAAGAAAGCAUUGUUUAGAACUUGAGCAGCUCCGUGCCAGACUUUCAGAAGAACAUAUUAAAGAAAUCACUAAAUUGCGCCUGCAGAGUGCUCAAGAUGCAGCACGUCAGGUUGAAAUGGAGGUGGCCAAGCAAGUAUCUGUGCUGGAGGAAGAAUACGAAGUUAAGCUUUCUCUCCUCCGCUCUAAGGAACAGCAUAUUGCAGAGCUUUCAGAAGAAAUAAAGUAUUUAAAGGAAGAGAUAACUAAACAAAAAGACUUUUUUCUGCAGAAUGAAAAGCAUCUGAAAGAGCAAAUGGAACAGGUAAAAUUUAAAAUCGCUGAGGAUCAUGAGAAUGAAUUAAAGGAAGCCAGGGAAGAAGUUCAGAAAAUAGAGACUAUGUACAAAGAAAAAGAGAAGAAAUGGAAGUAUGAAAGUGAGGACCAGAGAAUCCAAGCAGAAGAGAAAUUAUCGUUGUUGCACACAGAACUGCAAAAUAGGUUGGAAUAUGAGAAGCAGAAUUUACAGAAGGAGUUUGAACUUCGUGAAACUCAAAUGAAUCAGCUCCAAGAUCACCAAGCAGCCAAAAUUGUAGAAUUAGAGAAGUUGGUAAAAGAGCAGCAAAACAACUUGCAACAGCUAGAGGACAGCCUUGCAGUUGCACAGGUUACACAGAAGUCUCAGGAACAGUAUGACAGUGACCUGCAGGCAGCCAAAGUGCUUAUGGCAAAAGAAAUGGAGAAGGCCAAGCUUUGUCUGCAGGAAGAGUGUGCGCUGAAACUUAUGGAAGCACAAAACAAAUUUAUGGAGGAACACAAAGCUUUGACUCAGAAGUUCACGGCUGAGCAAGAGAUUCUUCUCCAGGAGCUGAAGAAGGAACAUGUUGAUGAGCUAGAACUCCAAAGUCAGCAGCUACAAGAGAAGCAUAAGCAGAAAAUUUUAUCUUUGACAACUGAAUUUCAGAGAAAGCACCAAGCUGAAAUUAAGACACUUAAAUCUACACUAGAAAGUAAACAGCAAAUUCAGCUUGAAGCUUUUGUUGCCGAACUUCAGACAAAACAUCAAGCACAAAUUGAUGCGCUGGAGGCUAAACACUUAUCAAACCUGGAUUCCUUGGAGUCAUCCUACCUAUCUGAAAUUCAGAAUAUAAGAGAUGAACAUAGGCAGGUUCUUGAGAAGCUACAGCUGCAUCACACAGAGCAGCUCCGUGAAAAGGAUAAAAUGAAUCAAGCAUGCCUUGCUCAGGAGAUAGAGAUACUGAAAUUAAAGCAUGCUGAGGAACUUCAGCUAGCACAAAAUAAUUUGAAAAUUGAGCUAGCUACUGUGCAUAUGGAAAAGCUUAAAAUUAUGGCUGUAGAAGCAGAAGAAGCUCAUAAGGAUGAUUUGAAAACAGCUCUACAAAAUCAGAGAAUUUUGCUGGAAGAAGAAAAAGGUCUAGCCUUGGAUAUAUUACGUGAGGAAGUAAUGCAUAUGGAGGAAAAACAUAGAAAAGCACUGCAAGAACUUCAGAAUCUUCAUGAGGCAGAAAUUAAGAAGCAUAAGGAAGAACACUCCAGGGAGAUGGAAAAGGAAUUGGAGAAACUAAAAGCACAGCAUGAGCAUGAACAGAAGAUGUAUGCUUCUGCGUCAGCCUCUGAAGUUGAAACUGUGAGGACAGCUCUUCUGUCUCAAUUUGAGGCAGUAAAAAUGAAGCAGCAGCUUCAGUUCCAGGAAGAGAUUGAGCUGUUGAAGUGUCAGUCAGAAGUACUCCUUGAACAGCAAAUUGCACAGCUGAAGGAUGAAUUUGAAGAUGAAAAAACAGCAUUAAUACAUGACCAGGAGCAAGUGUUUAUUCAGGAAAGGGAGAAGGCACAAGCUGCUUGCCAAAAGGAGAAGGAGACAUUGUCAGCACAGCUACAGGAAAAAGCAGCAAGAAUUAUCCAGCUGGAAAAGAGAGUAGAAUCUUUAAAUUGUGAAAUAAAGGAGACCAACUGUGAACUGGAGACACUCAUAGAGCGACGGGACAGAGAAAACCAAGAAGGAGGGAAUUUGGUAGCCAUGUUGAGAUCUGAUAUUGAGCAGUCUAAAGAUGAAAGGAAGAAAAUGCAAGACUCAUAUGAGUGUCUUUUGAAAUGGCUUAUAGAGCUGGUGAAGGCCACAAUUGCUGUUGAAGAUCUUAUCUGUAGCAAGAUUGGUCUUUGCCUUGAUAACAGUAUGGUUUCUGCAGAUUCUAUGGAAAGUCACAGUAUUAUGGAAGAAAUAGGAUAUGCACGAUACUUCAAAGCUAAAGAAAAGAGUCACCUAGAGAAAGUAGAUGAACUGCUUGAUGAAACUCUCACAGAACACAGCCAGCUGUCUCUAGUGACUGAAGAGCAGUACGAGUUGAGCCAGUACUUAUAUGAAAGUGUUUUUGCAAAGCCGGAAAUGGCAUAUGAAAAUGAAGAGAUGAUACUGAAAAUUUGUGAUCGUUUGCGCACUGCAGUGGAAAGACUUCUGGAACUGGUUACAGAAUCAACUAAGCAACUGGAAAAAACACAUGAAAUCCAUGCACAAUUUGAAGAAGAAUUCACCCGCCGAAAUCAGGAGACUGCUCAAGUGGUUAGUCAGCAUCAAGAACUAAUGGAGUGCCUCAGUGAGGAAAGUGAGGCCAAGAAUCAGCUGGUACUAGAGCUUCAUAAAGCAGAGGGCAUUAUUGAAGGCUAUGUUGCAGAAAAAGCUGCACUGGAGGAGGCCUUGAAUCUAAAAGAAGAAUCUGAGCGUCGUCUUGUUGUGGAGCUGGAGAAUAUGCGUGAACGCUUCCAGGAACUAACCCAGGAGCAAGCAAUUCUUGGUCUUCUCAAGGAAGUAGAACUUUUAGCAAAGGAGAAAUUGGAACUUGAGUGUCAGGCAGAAAAGGACCAUUCUAACUUAUGCUCUCAAAUGAAAGUUCUUGAGAUGGAACUGGAAGAACAGCUGCGUAGUAAUCAAGAUCUGACUAAACAAUUGAUGGAGGCUGCUGAGUUAAAGCAGCAAAUUGAAGUCCUUGAAAAACAGCUUAAAAACCAGCGACAAUUCAUGGAUGAACAAGCUAUAGAAAGAGAACAUGAACGUGAUGAUUUUCAGCAAGAAAUUAAAAAGCUGGAAGAACAGUUAAAACUUUCAGCUAAGUUACAGACUUCGGGAGAGCCCAGGGAGUAUGGGAACUAUGACUUGAUUCUACAGGUAGAAUCUUUACAAGGAGAAGUAAAACAGAAGGUGGAUGAUUACAAUAAGCUGUUAUUAGAAAAGGAGCAAAAACAUCAAGAAAUUACAGCUCGUGAUAAAGAGAUUGAAAAACUGUUGACACAAGUACAAGAACUGGAGCACAGCAGUACUGAAGUCUCAAAGACUGUAAACUACUUGCAACAACAACUUCAAAAAAUGAAGAAAGUAGAAACUGAAUUAAAACAGGAUAAAGAAGCAUUGCAACAGCAACAGUACAACAAUUUGAUUCAGAUCUCGGCCUUGCAAUCUAAAUUGGAUGAAGUGAGGCAUGGAGUACCUGUGGAAGGCACUUCAGGCCAAGGGCUGAAGGAACAGUUGCAGGCAGAACAGGAAUCACUUGAGAGGAAAGAAGGAGAGAUUGCAAGCUUGUUAGACCACCUAGAACAACAUAAAGAUAAAUUGACCAGUAAAAAUGAGGAGAUAUUGCAGCUGAAAUUGCAGCUAGAGGAUCUAACAAAACUUAAUGUAAAGCAAAAUCAGGACUUGGAUGUAAGUGAUUCCUCAGCUCUGUCCUUCCCACAAGCACUACUUAAAGAAAAGAAUCAAGAAAUAGAUCACCUGAAUGAACAGCUGAGAAGACUCAAGUAUGAGCUAGUGAAUACCCUCGAGAAUAAAGUUGUGGAAGACCAAAAAUCUGAAAUUGAAGAACUCAGAUCUAUUAUUGAGCACCUUCGUGGGGACCAGGAACGGCUGAGUAAGGACAAAGAUGAAGAGGUAGAGCAACUUCACGGAGUAAUUGAGAAGCUCCAAAAGGAGUUGGCACAAUUUGGACCAGUAUGUCAUGAAGUUAGUGACAACCAAGGUGACAUUUUUCAAUUUGGAUUGGAAAAGUCAGUGGAAAACCUGCAGAAGCAGUUGAAGAAGGGAUUGAUAGAUUGUCAGGGUGAUACUGAUCAAGGUGGAAGAAAUGCAUUGCUGCUUUCCAAGGUGAGGGAACUUGAGGAAGAGCUAGAGUUUGCCUCAGCUGCUAGAAAAGACCUGCAGCAGCAGCUGGAAGAGAAAGAAUCACAGAUCAAAAUGGAAGUGGAAAUUUUAGAGAAAAAAUGCCAAAACUUACAGGAAUCAUCAAGGCAGCACUUUGCAGAGCUAAACGCUCUGAGAUUACAGUACAGUGCACUUCAGGAAGAGUACAGCCUUCUCCAAACACACAUUUCUCAGAGAGAAUUUGAAGCAAGGAUUGCUGCUUCUUGUGUUCAGGAACUCGAAGACAGUGUGAAAAAGAGGGAAUUGAGUAUUCUUGGAAAAGAUAAGCAGGUAAAGACAAUGGCAGAUCAAAGAAAAACUGACGAAGGUGAAUUGCAGUACUUAACAAAACAGGCAUCAGAACUUAAAACUGAGUUGAAAAAGAAAGAUACGAGUCAGGCUCAAGAUGCUUAUAGUCGUGAGUUUGAAGUUUCUAGACUUGAUUUACAUGUGCAAGCAAUGAAUCAGAAAGAAGUAUCUAAUCAGAGAGAAACUGAUGAAUUGCAAGGUAACAUGACAAAAUUGAAAGAUCAAAUCAAGAUAUACACAAAAGAACUUGAAGCCUUACGUUUGGAAAGAGAUGAACUUAUUUCACAGUUGGAAUUGUACAAGCCAAAAGAAGUCCUUAAGAAAGGAAUGGAGGAAUUGGAAGCACUGGAAAUACAUGUUGAUCAAUCAUUUGCUUCCCUAACUGAUAAUCUGGAAAAAGUUGCUUUGUUUGAUGUUACUGCUCAUGAUACAAAUAAACAAUCUCAGGUUAAGCAAUCAGAAGACAGUAUCUCAAUUCAAAAAUUGGACAUGAUCAGCAGCUCUGAAGAAGAGCAAACUUUGAAAAAGCAUCACCAUCAAACUCCCAGUUCUCCAAAAAUCACUGUGAAUGCAGGCUGUACUGAAGGUACUCUUAAAAACUUCCAGGAUUUCAUUGUGGAUGUGACUUCAUGGGAUUCGCCUGAGAUUAUGAGAAAGCAAGAUAUAAGCAUGGAGCUUCAACCAGUGCUUAAUCUGACACCCUUUUCAGAAGCUGAAAGUACAGGUCUUGAAAUGGUGCACAGUAGGUCAUCCCUGCAAGGUGAUAAUUCUGUUUUGUUGGGAUUUUCCUACCUUUAUGAAAAUGGCAGUGAGGAAGCAGCAGACGGGGCAGAUGUAAAAUCUCCAGUUACCUCUGAAAGUACCUACUCUGUUGAUGACCAAGAUAUGGAGAAGAUGAUUUUGCAGAUGAGAGAAACAGAUAAUCUAACUCCAUCUGAUUUGCAAGAUGAUGUAAGAUCGGGAGCAUCUGCCAUAGAUGUGAUGAGCAAUGGAUGUGACAGCAGUACCAGAUCAAAUUUCGCAGCUAAACAAACAUCGGACCACUCAGAUGCUAAUUUCAUGGCUUAUCUGCGGUACUGUGGCAUGUUUCCAGAUACAGAAUCAGUGAGAGAAAAGGAAAUACUUUCACCACAACUGAAGACUGUGCUGAAGUUGGUGUAUGAGGAGAGUCACAAGAUAUUGGCUUUGUCAGAACAUUCCUUUGGUUUUAGGGAGCUGAAAAGUAUUCAUCAGACUAGAGCAGUGAUGGAGGGAUGGCAAAAAGAGGGCUUGGCUUUGCUGAAUGCUAUACAGUCUCUGAAAGAUCAUCUUAGCAAGGUGGCAGAUAGAGGAGAUAAGGAGGAACAGAGGCAGAUGGUAGUGGAGCACAUUUUCUCUUCAGACCGGAACAGCUUGCUCUCUGAGAUACAGGAGCUUCGAGCUCAACUACGUAUGACGCAUCUUCAGAACCAGGAGAAGCUACAGCAGCUGCAGGAAACUCUUACUAAUGUAGAAGAUCAUGGGAGCAAACAAGAACACCAACUUCGAAGGAAAGUUGAAUUAUUAGAAUAUAAGCUUCAGCAGGAAAAAUGCAUUGUAAGUGACCUGCAUAGCACGCUGUCUGAGGAGCAGAAGAGAGUCUCUAAAACAUGUGAACUCUUGAAUCAAGAAAAAGCAGCAGUAUCAAUCCUGAAGUCAGAUCUGUGUGAAUGUAAGCAAGAGAAUGAAAGGCUGCAAAAUUCCCUAGAAGAGCAUCAGAGGGAAAUAAGCAAGCUCCGUUCUGAAUUGGAAAGUAAAGAGAAGGAUUUGACAGCUACUCUGCAAGAGUUGCAGUCUGAACGUGUGACAGAAACAGAGCUGCGAGUUUUGCUUGAGGAACAACAGCUUCAGCAUAAGAAAGCAGAAGAUGAAAAGAAAAAGGCCUUGGAGGAUUUACAGGCUGCCUUGGAUUUGCAGAUGGUGCAGAAUAGCAAGCUGUCUGUAUCACUAGAGCAUGAACAAAUAAUAAAUGACAAUCUCCGCAAGGAACUUCAGAUAGAAUAUUCCCGCUGUGAAGCGUUAUUAUCUCAAGAACAUGAUAAAGUGUUGGAGCUACAGAAAAACUUGGAUGCUGAGAGAAAUCGUUCUUUGGAGCUCUUGAAUUCCUUGAAUCAUGAACGUGUUUUGACAGAACAGUUGAGCGUGCAAGCUAAGGAGGAUGCUUCUUGUCAGCGCCGGGAGUUGUUGCUAGAACAGGCCUUUAUCCGAGAGCUCCAAGCCCAGCUGGGGGAAGAGAGAUCUCGAAAGGCAGAGCUAGCUGCUAUUAUUGAGAAAACACACCAGAAAGCCAUUCGUUCCAAAAGGCAGCUAGAGGCUGAAGUACAGAUGUGUUGCGAAGAAACACAGGUGGAGAAAGAGAUCAGUAACAAACUCCAAGUGACAUUGGAGUCUCUUCAGAGUCAAAAGCAAGAGCAAAACUUGAAACCGCAACACCAGAGGGAUGAUCAAAGAAUUAAAGAAAUGCGGGAAAUUGUGGCAAUCUUAAAGGAAACAGAAAGAAGUCCUCCAUCUCCAAGCAGUCAGCGAGGACUGUUGUGUACUUCAGACAAAGAUGAAAAUGCCAAAGAGCCUAUGACAAAAGAAACUGGAAAAUUCAACUUGCAGCAGCAGCAGAAGCAACAGCUGGAGAAGAUAAGACAACAGUUGCUUUUUGUAGCUGCACACCUCAUUGAGAUAAUGUGUAAAACUGUAGAUAAAACAGUUAGCGACUGGUAUGUAUCAAAUGAUGAAGCUGUAGCAUCUUUACUGCAGACAUUAAAGGAACUAAAAUCAGAUUUAUUGUCUCCUCCUGCAUCUCAGAUCAGAUCUACAGAUGAUACCAACCCUGCUCAAGAACUGGAAAGAGCUGCUUGGCAGCAAGAAAGAAGCAUUCUGCAGGAUGCACUGAAACAGGCAGAAUCCGAACUGGCUAAAGCAACUGCUGAAACUGAAAACAAAGCAAUGUUGGAAGCAUUCAAUCCUAAGUUACAGAGAUUAUAUAGGAAGUACCUAAGAGCAGAGAGCUUUAGAAAAGCUCUGGUUUAUCAGAAGAAAUACCUCUUGCUGCUUCUUGGUGGAUUUCAAGACUGUGAACAAGCAACUCUCUCUCUAAUAGCACGCAUGGGAAUCUACCCCUCACCUGCAGACCUGCAGCUUCCUGCCUCCCGCUCCCGCGCUCUGACCAAGUUCAGAUGUGCAGUCAGGGCGGUCAUUGCUGUAUCAAGAUUGAAGUUUUUGGUGAGAAAGUGGAACAAGCUUAACAGAAAAAAUGCCCAGGGUGAAACCACUUCCCAACAUACAGGAAAUAAUACAGCCUCUGGUGCCAGAACAGAAACUCUGAAACAGCAGCAGUUCCCAGCUGUUCAUGUAAGCUCUCCCCCAACCCGGGACACUGGCCUAUUCCACAGAACCAGCUCUGCAAGAUCUUUGAGCUGCUCCUCCAAAUCCUCUCACCGGUCACACAGCAGAUUGCCUCCAUCCACUUCCAAAAAGUCACCCGUGCCUACUCAGGAUCCUGAACGAUCACUUACAAAAUACAUCCACCGCUUGGAGAUUAUCCAGCAAAGACUAGGAGGGAUGCAGCCAGGACAAGUUCCAGGCCCGCCUUGCCAGAGAAACAUGAAAAAGUGAUCAGAAUGCUUCUGAAAUCUGUGCUGUGAAACCGCCAAAUUAUUGCUUCCUUCUGAGUAAUCCCCUGGUGAAUGGAGGCACUUGUCAUCUGAGAAACUAAAUAAAGGGCAGUGCUUUUGCAUCAGA